UAUCCGUCAAAACCAUCAUUAUUCAUUAGUAAUAUAUAUUUGGCAAGGAAAGUUAUUAUUUCAAGUUCAAGAUUAAUACUGUUUUCGAAUCUUUUUAAAACGAUAAAUAUAUUUUCGGGCAAACUUUUUAGACGAGAUCAAUUAUCAGUAGUGGUUGUGAACUGCGGUGGAUGCGAUACAUCAGCAUUUGUCUGUAAACUUUUAAAAUGCGCUGGUUCAGAAGUUCGAGUAGAUUUAAUGGCUAAAAGUUUUUCAUUUGAAACAGCUGGUGUUUGGAGAACAAUUAAUUUGAUUGAAGUGGAUUCAGCUAAGCAUGAUUUAUGGAUGUCUUUAAAUGUUGAUGGUUGUCUUUUAUUAUUUACUCCAAGUAGCAAUCAUUCAUUCAAGCAAGCAAGCGAGAAACUUCGUAAGCGUAAAUCACAAUGCAACUGUGAUGACCUCUACAAUUGGCAAAUAUGGCAUCGGAGACCGGCGCGCCAAUGGGUAACGCCUUCUUCGUUAUGCCGAAGAAAGCGUGAACGCUUUAAUACUAAUAUUUGCUUCUGCCAUCAUAUUACAGUUCUUCUAAAGCAUUAUGCAGAUCGCAUAUGGCUUAUUGGUGUAGCAAAUGACCCAGCAAGUUCGAGGCGUUUUUCCAGCUCCGUGUCGUACAAUGGUUUUGCUUUGAUUUUUUUCUCAUCGGAACACCAUUUUCCUCAAAAUUUUCUUAUCACUCCACCAAUGGUCGAAGCGAGAGGAGUAGCACAGAGUGUCGGAGCUCACUAUACUGAAGUUGUUAGGGAUGGCAAAACUGAACGGAGCCCACUGGCUUAUAAUUAUCUAAUGACUGAUAUGAUGUCUUUUAUCGGUGAACGAAAAGUCGAAUGCAUGCCAAUGAAAAUCACAUUCGAAUUUGAUGGAAAAGAUACAUCGGAAGCAAAUCUUAUCGUAAGAAAGAAUGUAAAUGCUCUUGACUUUGCACCACAAUGA